AUGUUCUCAACGAAAAAGACAUGCAUAAAAUGUACGACGAAUGCUGAUUUAGUCAUUUGCGAUGGCUGUCAAAAGAAUUUCUGUCAACAACAUCUAUCUGAACAUCGAAACGAAAUUAUGCGGCGAGUGGAUCAAAUAGAUAAUGAAUGUGAACGUUUCCGUCAAAAUAUACCAGAAGAUAAUGAUCCAGCUCCAAUUUUAUCUGCCAUCGAGGCUUGGGAAGAAGAAUCUAUUGAAAAGAUUCAUUUGAUAGCUGCAACUGCUAAAGCUGAUGUUCAAAAAUAUACUAAACAAACACUGGAUGACUUAAAUGAAGGUUUAGACAAGAUUACUCUAAGCAUGAAGUCUAAUCGUGAGAAAAGAGACGCAGUAGAAGUUAACUUGAAGAAUUGGAACCACCAACUUCAGACACUCCAAGAUUUACUUAAACUACCAUUUCCCAUUGGUCUUGUAAGCGAUCCAUCGCCAUCAUCUUCGAUUAAAUCAAUUAAAGUAACUUACGAGCCGCCUGUAAAUAGUUCGGUACACUCAAAAAUGAAUGCAAGAACGAAUUCGACUGUUCAAUUGGAAUCACGUUCUUUCUUAGUGGUAGAGCCAAAGUCAGUCGCUGAAGAACGAUUUCAUCGAUUCGCUGGACAUGUAAGAUUAUCUGAAAAUAAUUCAGUUGCGGCAUGCGUUGGUUAUUCGAGCGUCUGCGGUACCAAAGUUUAUCUUUCGGGAACUCAUCGCAUUCGGUUUCAAAUCGCUGCUAAGAAAAAUGAAGGCAUCUUUUUCGGUAUUUUGGCAUCGACACAAGAGAUUACAGCACGAGCCACAGAACUACCAUCAGCCUAUGGUUGGCGAGACUUUAAUCGCGCUAUAAUGAAUGGCACUGCGCUGCCGAAAACUUACAAAGAGAAGACCAUGCAACCAGCUGAUCGAAUAACAUUAACUAUUAAUUGUGAAAAUGCCGAACUCGUACUUACUCAUCAUCGACUAAAGAAUAAAUUGGCAUUGUCUGUCAAUCUCGCUCAUUGUCCACUUCCAUGGAAGUUACUUGUUUCAUCGUAUGGCGAAGAUAAAAUCAGUAUCAUUAACUAG